AUGGACGGCGGCUCCAAGGUUACUAUACAGUGCCUUUUGCGAGGGGAUCAACUGGAUGAUGCCUUGUGUGUAGAAGUAACGAAAACCACGAUCUUCUCCUCCAAGACAUCCGUUACAGACACACUCAAUAAAUUGUCAGGCAGUAAGACAUUUUCGCCAAACAACAUUACUCUUUACUGUGCAAAUGUCCUUGAUGACAAGGGUAAGGACAAGGCUCUCGUUGAACUAUAUCGGAGAAUAGACGCAGGGACCCUCCCAGUUGUUAGUUCUCCGAGGGAUAUCUGUGGCCUUUUGGACAAUGCCAGUACCGAAGAAUACUUCAUUCAUAUCAUUGUCGGGCGAAGACGAGCCGAGAAGAGGAAGGCGCCUUCAGAUGAAUUGCCAGCAGAGACCCUCACAGUGACCAAAUUUUCGAAGAGUAUCGGUGAGCUUGUUGCCAACGCCGCAAACUGCAUUUAUACCAUCUUUGGAAAAUCAGCUCCGGAUGAACUGGAAAUCAAGCCAUAUGGGCCUAUAAGGCCAGGUGACUUUGUCCUUCAGGUUCCACCUAUCAACAGAAACUAUUUCCCUGAUAUCUUGCAAAAGGCUCUGAGGAUCCAAAUGCCAGCUAUCAUUCACGGUCCAUACCAGUCAGGGAAAACAAGCCUCUUAUAUGCAAUGAAACAGUACCUUAAAGCCAAACGAUAUACAGUCUUAUGGGUCAACUUGGACUAUGCAAUUGGCAAACUGUCAGAAUUUACGGAGGAAAGGUUCUACGAAAAGGUUUCGUUUCGCAUGUUCAAGAGAAGGAUGGACGAGGGCCAGUUCGUAUCGCAUUUAGAAAGAAAAUAUGGAGGGAAGAAGACGACAUUCUGCUUGAUUGAUGAAAUGCAGUGGAUGAUCAGAAAUAAUGCUGCGGAACGGACUGUGAGGAAGUUUUGCAGGUGCCUGGACGAAAAUGGUAUACCAUACAAAGGUGUCGGCACAUCUCAGCUGCGAAAACUCGCCUGGAAACAUCAGGAUUUUAAUCCACUUGAGACAGAAGCCGACAACCUCGGAUCUCCAUUUAACAGGACGGCAUGCCUUUACAGAGAGUAUGAGACAGCCCGUAACUUGCAAAUCCCGGUUGCGAUCAAAGAAGGGAUCCAGAGAGAAGCAGCCGGUCACGCGUCCUCAUUCAUGACUCUUAUGCACAUGUAUGACACAAUGCAACCAAAUGUCAAUGAAAAGAGCUGGCCGCAAACCCUCCUAACAAACUUUGAGCCAUUUAUGAACGGCUUGCCCUCUACAAUCGAUACUCAUCUCGAAAAUCAGGGCCUCCACGAACUAGUACUAAGGUACUUAGCGUCCGGAAAUAGACAAUGGCAUAUGAACCUGAAGAAUCUAACAGCGAAUGAAAGGGUACUAUUUAAUAUAGAAGUCCUGUCACUUGUCGAUCCAGACAACAAGACUGAGGACAAUGAGAGCCAACUCGACAUUAAAAAGGCUUGGAAUCUGAGAGGCCCUGCUGAAUACAUUUUUCAGAUUGAACUCUACUCCGUCUUCUAUGACCUGCCGCCUGAAGGUUGGCGUUGUGGGAGUGAGGUGCACCCGGACCAAGGCGACCACAAGUUGAGGAUGGACCUGCACUUGAUGUCUGACUCUGGGGGGAGCGGAGUGGGGUUCGAACUUAAGGUCGACAAGGUCACUGAGGAAGAAGUCGACAAGGCAAUAACCAAGGCCCAGAAUUACGCCAAGAAGUUCGCUGUCGACAUCUAUGUUGUGAACUUCUUGUCCAGAUUUACACGCCCACCUAAAGCAGAUAUUAUCAAGCAAGGCAAUCUUCGAAUUUUCCUAGUAAACGUGCCGUACAACGAUGGUUUAAUGAGUUUGAUGUCACAUACGCUGAAGAGAGCGAUAAGGACGAUGUGGAACGGGGCAUUGAGCAGCGGAGCUUUCAGCUGCAUCCUGUGGGUGAUGGUGUUGGUGAUCAGUGGCACGAGAUAG